AUGUUUUUAACGGUGUUUAUUCAAUUUCUACAAAAUCAUGUUUUAAUUUCUUUAGUAUUGUUAAUCUUAGUUCUCAUAUGUAUUUAUUUUUGGAAUUAUAUUCGUGUGUGUUAUUAUGUAUCUAAAAUUCCUGGACCACCAGCUUAUCCAAUUAUUGGAAACGCAACUUUACUUUUGGGUUUAUCUCAUCAAGAAUUUACACAUACUAUUCUGAAAAUUGCUGAAGAUUAUCAGCAGAAUUUGGGCCGAAUAUGGUUUGGUCCAAUUCCCGCCAUCGGAGCAUCAAAUCCAGAUAUUGUUCAAGAACUUUUAACAAAUGAAAAUGUUUUAGAAAAAGCCUACUUAAUGAAAAAAGCUUGGAAUCCUGUAAUGGGAAAAUCAAUUUUAACAUCAGACGGGUCAACAAUGGGUGUAAAUAUAAACUCGCAUGAAGAUGAUGGAUCUUCUUACUUUCAUGCUGUACACAGAAAUAAUUCGAAUUUUACGGAAGAACAAUUACGUAAUGAAACCAAUCUUAUUAUUUUUGGGGGUUAUGAAACAACAGCACUUUCUCUGAGCUAUGUUUUAUUACACUUGGCUGCAUAUAAAGACAUACAAACAAAAUUAUAUAAUGAAAUAAUAAAAGUUCUUGGUGACAUAAAUGUAGACUUAAUCAAUGUCGACGAUUUACCAAAGCUCAAAUAUAUGGAGAUGGUUCUAAAAGAAUCUAUGAGAUUAACUCCAACGAUUCCACUAAUUGUAAGAGAGCCAUCCCAAGAUAUUAAAAUUGGCAAUUAUAUAAUUCCAAAAGGAGUAUCUAUAUUAAUUCCAAUCUUUACUAUCCAUCGGAAUCCAGAAUAUUGGGAAAAUCCAUUAAAAUUUGAUCCAGAACGAUUCACAGCAGAAAAUAUAAAAAAUCGUCACCCUUACGCGUACAUUCCAUUCAGUGCUGGUCCUAGAAAUUGUAUUGGUGGUCGAUAUGCAUGGAUCUUUAUGAAAACAACGUUGGCUGCAUUAUUAAGCCGGUAUGAAUUUCACACCGAUAUAAAUUUGGACACAUUAAAGUUUGAAGGAGCGAUUUCAAUGAAAUUAGUUAAUGGGCACCAAGUACGAAUCACACCACGAUAUAAAUCAUAA